GUUUCUGCCAUCAUUGACGUUGAUAUUGUGCCUGAAGCUCAUCGUCGGGUACGACUAUGCAAGCAUGGGUCGGAUAGGCCGCUUGGGUUCUAUAUCAGAGAUGGAACGUCGGUCCGUGUGACAGAACGUGGUGUAGCAAAAGUGCAGGGUAUAUUCAUAUCUCGUCUCGUAGAUGGCGGUCUAGCCGAAUCCACCGGUCUUCUAGGUGUUAAUGACGAGGUACUUGAAGUGAAUGGAAUAUACGUGCAAGGCAAAACUCUUGAUCAAGUCACUGACAUGAUGGUUGCAAAUGCGCAUAAUCUCAUCAUCACAGGUGAGCAUUCCAAAAAUUACACUUUUUUGGGGAAUGGUGUAUAUUUUUGGUCGAUGUUAGCAUUCUGUGACAUGUGUCUGAAAGUCGGAUUAAAGCACAAUGGGAGGCUAGUGAUCUUGUUAUACAUUAGGAUAGCUUGUGAUCUUCCCAAUUCUUUUGGAGUUAUAGCAUUCAGUCAUCGUCGUGAUGGUAUUUAA